CGAGCAGAGAGGGGCCAGACACACAGGCGAACGAGCCGACCGGGCAAAGAAGCUGGGCUGCUCUUCGUCUUCGCCUCGGAGCCUCCAUGCCUCUGCACUGCCCUGCUGCCCUCCCGUCGCGCCAGGAGUGGUAGCCAUGGCCGCUGUGGCGGUCCUGCGGAACGACUCCCUGCAGGCUUUCCUCCAGGACCGUACCCCAAGCGCUUCUCCGGAGUUGGUCAAACACUCGCCGCUGGCGCUCCUGGCGGCCACCUGUAGCCGAAUCGGACAGCCGGGUGCGGCCGCCCCUCCGGACUUCCUACAGGUCUCCUACGACCCGACUCUGGGCUCACCCUCCAGGAUUUUCCACCCGUGGACUACCGACAUGCCAGCCCACUCUCCAGGAGGCCUACCUCCUCCCCACCCCAGCCUGGGGUUGACGCCUCAGAAGAACCACCUGCAGCCCUCUUUCGGGGCGGCCCACGAACUUCCCCUCACCCCACCGGCAGACCCCUCCUAUCCUUACGAAUUUUCACCGGUCAAGAUGCUACCCUCCUCCAUGGCAGCCCUGCCGGCCAGCUGUCCCCCAGCCUACGUGCCCUACGCCGCCCAGGCCGCCCUGCCACCUGGCUACUCCAAUCUGCUGCCCCCGCCGCCGCCUCCGCCACCGCCGCCGCCUCCCCCACCGCCGCCACCUCCCCCGCCGCCCUGCCGCCAGCUCUCCCCUAACCCUGUCCCGGAGGACAUUCCGUGGUGGAGCAUCCCGCAGGCCGGGGCCGGGGCAGGAGGCCCAGGCGUGCCCGGGGGCGGCGUCCCAGGGGGCUGCAGCGGGGGCCACCCGGGUCACCACGCCCCGCGCUUCCCCGCAGCGGCUACUGCUGCGGCCGCGGCAGCCGCCGCCUUGCAGCGCAGCCUGGUGCUGGGCCACUCGGACUUCGCCCAGUACCAGAGCCAGAUCGCCGCCCUGCUACAGACCAAGUCCCCCCUGGCGGCCACGGCCAGGAGGUGCCGCCGCUGCCGCUGCCCCAAUUGCCAGGCAGCGGGUGGAGCCCCUGAGGCGGAGCCCGGCAAAAAGAAGCAACACGUCUGCCACGUCCCCGGCUGCGGCAAGGUGUACGGCAAGACGUCGCACCUGAAGGCGCACCUGCGCUGGCACACGGGCGAGCGGCCCUUCGUCUGCAACUGGCUCUUCUGUGGCAAGAGCUUUACGCGCUCCGACGAGCUGCAGCGGCACCUGCGGACUCACACGGGCGAGAAGCGCUUCGCCUGCCCGGAGUGCGGCAAGCGGUUCAUGAGGAGCGACCACCUGGCCAAGCAUGUGAAGACGCACCAGAACAAGAAACUCAAGGCUGGAGAGGCCGGGGUCAAGCGGGAGGACACCCGGGAUCUCUGAACGUCCCCACCACCACAAUCCCUGAUUCAGGCCACUGCGCCCUCCCCGCCAUUGUCCCGGGACCUCAGGCCCAGGGAGCCGCUUGCACCGCGGGGAAGCUUUGGAUUUGUUCAGCACUGGGGCCUUAGGACAGACUGAGGAUUUGCCCCCAGCCCAAGCUUCUCGCCCCAUUCCUGGCAAAUUCGGCGCUUUCCCGGGAAGCUUUCAGUUGUUUUCCUGGCAGUUCUCAGAGGUCUGAGAGGUCAAAAGUAGUUGGUUUAAGGGGGGGUGAUGGAGCGUGGUGGGAGGGGAGGAGGUGGAGCAAUAGGAUUCCGAAGCCCUAGACUGGAGGUUGCCCGUCGAGUCUCUGUCAUUCCUCAAGAGGAAAGACCCUAAGACCUCCAGGGGAGUGCAAGGGUCAGGCCUUUAUGCUCCAAGGCUUUCCUGACCAUCUAAGUAGUUUAAAAAGCAGCUCAAGUCCUAAACAAUUUGGAGGCUUCUAAAUGCUAUGGCUUUUGCUGGGACAGGAAUGAGCUUUUGUGUACAGGUUAUUUAAUAGCUUUGUUAAAUAAUUAUUAUUAUUAUAAUAAAGUGUUUUCUUGUCUUUGGCUCCAUGCAGGGGCUCCAGCAUGAAAUGUUUCUGCGACUGCAGUGUGAAAAUAAAUACAUUAACAAGGGGUCACCUGGGGAAGAUCCCACUGA